GUAUGUUAUAAGGAUCCAGAUCUUUGAAGGUAUUUAAAAAAUGCUUGCAUAGAUUAAUAAUUAAUUAUGGCUGAUACAGCAAUCAAAACUAGUGAAGAAAAGAAGGAAUACUUCGACACUGAAGAAGAACUUGAAGAGAAGAUAGACAAGCUUGCAACCUGGAUACUCUCCUCUGAGCAUUUCAUCUCAUUCACAGGAGCUGGAAUAAGCACCGCUUGUGGCAUCCCUGAUUUUAGAAGUGGAAUGGAUACUGUCCUCCCCACAGGUCCUGGCUGCUGGGAGCUUGCAGCAAAUAAGAAGAAGAAAAAGCCAGUCAAGCCUAAGAAGGGUGCCAGUGUCUCAAUGCACAAGGCCUAUCCUUCCAAGACUCAUAUGGCCUUCGUUUCUAUGAUAGAAUCAGGAUUGAUGAAAUUUUUAAUUUCUCAGAAUGUUGACGGAUUACACAGAAAAAGUGGAGUUCCUGCUGAAAAAAUCUCUGAGCUUCAUGGUAACACUAAUCUCGAGAAAUGCAAGGAUUGUGGUAAACAGUACCUCAGAGACUUCAGAGUAAGGAACGCUAAGAAGGCUAAGGCUCACAAGACGGGUCGACUAUGUGAUGAUCCUAGUUGCAGAGGUCCUCUCAGAGAUAGUAUCAUUAACUUCGGAGAAAACUUGCCAGAAGAAGAUCUUAACAAUGCCUUCAACCACGCUGAAUGUGCUGACAUAUGUCUCAGUAUGGGCUCAAGCUUAAGAGUUACUCCUGCAGCUGACAUCCCUCUCAGAGUUGCUGAAAACGGAGGAAAACUUGUAAUUGUAAACUUACAAAGAACUCCACUUGAUGAACAUGCAGCUCUGAAUAUCCAUGCUAAAUGUGAUGAUGUGAUCGAAAGAUUAAUGGAAAAGCUUACCAUAGAGAUCCCGAAAUGGAAAAUUAACCGCUUUGUAGAAGUAUGCUGCAAGGACAAGAAAGUGACUGUUAGUGGUAGAGACGAGCAGCAUAAUUACUACAGUCUGUUUCCUAAGGUUGAGAUGAAAAACGGAAGGGAUCUAAAAAGUUUGAAGACAUCUAUAAAGGAGCCUCAUAAUUUCCCCCUAACCGAACAUUCACCCUCAGAGCUUAAAAUAAAGCUCUACUUCCAAGGUCAUUAUGGCGAGAAACCACUAAUUCUGACCUUUGACCGAGAAGAAUCUGAUACCAAAUUGUUCAAAAUAGUUUUCGAUCCUUUCGUUGGCGAAUGGGAACCUGCAGAAUCUCUAUUCUAAUUUUAUUAUCUUCACCGUUCAA